AUGUCCCAACCGACUGCUACUGGAGUGAAGAGACACGCUGAUGACAAUGACCGAGAUGGUGGCCAUCCACUAUCAUACAAGCGCCUGAAAGACGCAACCAAGAACAUAUCACCUAUCCAAGAGAUCGGGGCAGAUCUUCCCCAUGGCUUAGGGACUCACAUCCCCAACCUGGAGGUCGCCAAUAGAAAUGACUACUCAUCGCCAAACAGCUGCUCUGAAGACUUUGCGCUGAAGAGACAGAGUAUGACUGCAGAAGACCUCGAGAAGGCUUCCAAGAGGUACCGGCGGUCAAAGAAGUCGACAAAAAACAACACGGAUGACUACGGACUGAUGCCAGGAGAGACGCCGUACCGAGACUGGCCUGGACCUAGUGCAAGGGAGUGUCAGGUCGUCCAUGACAUCCUCGCUCAGGAAUAUAAGCAGAGAGAGCAGAGUGAAGAGCCUGCAAAGCGCAAGGCACUCAACUUUAUCCAACCAGCCAAGAUACCGCCAGCUUCCGCUAGCGUCGCUGGAUGUGGAGAAGUGCCAUGCUUGGUUGAUGCUAUGAUAAGAACAAUCAUCAGCCAGUCUGUCACUCGAGAAAGCGCCGACAAGGUUAUAGAGAAUAUCAUCAAGCUGGUUGGUAUGCUUGACGAGAACGGAUCUGGUUCAACGAGCAUUAAUUGGAAUGCUCUUCGACAUGCACCGGAAGAUGCAGUGCUGGAGGCCUUCCGACCGGGUGGACUUGGUCCCACAAAGUACAAGGCUAUCAAGGCUUGCCUGAAAACAAUUCGCAAAGAUAACAAGAAGAGGGCCAAGACUUACCUGGAAGACAACGAAACGGGGAAAACAGCAGAAUUGGGACGAGACCAGAAGGAUCACCAGCUGAGCAAGAUCAAUGCGGGCAUACUGACACUGGAUCACAUCCGAGUCAUGGAGCCACAUGAAGCAAUGCUGGAACUCGUCAAGUACCCCCAGGUCGCAGUGAAGACUGCUUCUUGUCUUCUUCUCUUCAACUUACAGAUGCCCAGUUUUGCGGUUGAUACCCAUGUGCAUCGGAUGACCAGAUGGUUGGGAUGGGCCCCAAUGAAGGCGAACCACAACGACACGUAUAUGCACUGCGACUUUCGAGUACCCGACCACCUUAAGUACGGACUUCAUCAGCUGUUCAUUGAGCAUGGAGGAAACUGUUUCCGCUGCCAAGGGAACACCGUGGAAGGAACUGAGAAGUGGCACAGUACUGUCUGUCCACUCGAGCACCUUCUGACCCGUGUCAAGAAACAAAGCCAGGCGAAGGUGAAGAACAAGAGUGUGGGAGAUUCAGGAACCCUUGAUGAGUGGGUACAAGUUACCAAACCUGAAGCCAGUGGAUGA